AUGUCUUCGUCUCCGUCGGCGGACAGCUCUGCCCCGCACCUCCGCAAGCCCCUUGUCACUAGCAAGGGCGCGGGCGGCGACAUGUCCAUGAUGUUCUUCGCCCAGCCUGACUGCCCCGCGAGGUUUGCCCACCAGGACGAGCACCGCAUCAGAGGCCUUAACGCCGAAGCCAUCGCCCGAGUCCUCCUGCCGGUGCCCUCGUGGCUGCUAGAGUCGGAGUAUGCACCCCUCCGGGCCGAGGGCGACGAUCUAGGGCCCUCCCUCUUCUUUAGUCUAAACCUCUCCAUCUACGGCCAGCCGGUCGUCGAUACAGACUGGUCCGAGCAGUGGUUCUUUAUGAGCGGCCGCGUUCACCCCUACGCCCUCUCCUGGGAGGUGGAGCGCCGCGACGGGCUCGAGGCCGGCCCGGACGAUACUAUUCUCUACACCGUGCCCGCCCUUAUUGUCCGCGACCAAGGUUACCAGCCCGUCCUGCCGCGCUCCUUGGCCUCUAGCGGCCAGUUCCCGUCUACGCCUCCCGUUGUCUCCUUCCAUGGCGCAGUAGCCGGGCCUGGCCUCGACCUCCUACGUCCAGACUUCCUGCCCGGUCUCGGGCCCGACCAGCUCCGCUGCUGCGGCUUCGUCCGGCUCACGACCUACAUCGCCCCUGGCCUGCCGGACAGGAUUCCAUUUAAGGGCUACCACCCCUUCGAGGUCGUCGGCCUUCUCGACCACCGCGUUAUGCUCUCCCCGGGCUCGGAGCGCGAUUACGUCUUUAUCAUCGUCCCGGACAGCUGGACCUUUGUCGAUAGGCCCGGCCGCCGCCGCCGCCUCGGCUUCCCCCCUCGCUACGCCCCUUAG